AAGAACCCAAUCAUUCCUAUUGACAGUUUGGAGGAGGCGCAGAGAAGAGCACAAAGAGGACAGACAAAGUUUGGGGAGAGGAAGGAGAAGGCGGCUUUGGGAAUUUGCGGAUAGAGAUGCGCCUUGCUGUCCCGUGGCUGGUCCUGCUGCUCCUGGGCUCCGCCGCCAGCCUCCGGGCCCCGGGUUACAUGAUGCAGCUCUACCGGUCCCUGUCGGGUGCCCAGCCCUGGGCCCUGCCCGACGCCGAAGCCUCCGCCUGGAAGGAGUCCCACGCCGUCCUCAGCCUGGCAGCCAAAGAUUCCUUUCAGCUUAGGAACCACUUGGUCUUCUUUUUCGACAUGACCUCCAUCUCCAGCAGCUCCGAUGUGAGGCUGGCUGAGCUCCGGGUCCACCUGCUGCCCUUCUCCCAGGCCAGUGAUGUCACUGUGAGCAUUUACCACAGCCACGACCAGUUGUGUCACAGGAACUGGACCUGUAAGGACAAACUCUUCCUUGGUUCUUUCUCCAGCAGCCCCUCCACCAGCCAUUCCUCUUGGAAAGUCUUCAACGUCACCAGCUUGCUCCGCUUCUGGCUCCACCAAGGCAUGCCAUCCGGGAACAACGCUCUAGAAGUUCUGGAGCAGGAAUGGAAGGAUGGGAACCUCGCUGAGUGCAAUGGUGGAGGUGGAGACAGUGACAUCAUCUGUGGCUGGAAUGACUCCAGAACAGCCCGGCAAAUGUUGACUCAUAAUGUGAUGGACAGAGUCCUCCUUGUUGUAUUCUCCAAAGAUAAGGAGCUGAUGGAGCCUUCCUGGGGCCCGAGCCUCAUCAGGACAGUGGAAAUGUCCAAACACGUCGUCUCAGACAACUCUUCCAAGGAAGCUGGGGGCCGCCGUCACCGGCGGAACAGAAACCAUUGGCAAAGGAUUAAGGAGAGCAAUUCCCAGAUAUCCAGUUCUGGGGAGGAAAGUAGACCACUCUGCAGAAGGGUUGACAUGAUGGUGGACUUUGAGAAGACUGGCUUCGGAAAAUGGAUCCUGCACCCCAAGAAGUACAAUGCAUACCGGUGUGAAGGGGAAUGCCCAACACCUGUAGAUGAGACUUUUAAGCCAACAAAUCAUGCAUAUAUGCAGAGCUUGCUGAAGUUGUACCAUCCCAACCGAGUGCCUUGCCCAUCCUGUGUUCCAGUCAAACUAAGCCCACUUUCAAUGCUUUACUAUGAGAAAGGUGGGGUGAAGGUCCGUCACCAUGAGGACAUGAUCAUCGACGAAUGUGGCUGCAAUUGACAUCCAUGGACUUGUUUGGCUGAUGAGAGCAACCAACUCUAUAUUCUGUUUGUGGUGGAGGCCAACCACAUUGUUCUUCAGCAUUAGCAGACACUGGCAGUCUUCUUUCCAAGAGAUGGAGAUUAAGCUGUUUUCAUGUGUCCGGAUCACAUAAUAGAAGACAGAGUAAAAGAGCGGGACACAACUUCUGGGACUUUGAGCUAACUGAAGUUGUGUUGAGGGACAAGGGGAAACUUAUGGGACUUUGAGCCCGCCAUCAAGAGGAGCAACACAAAAAUGUGGUCUCCAGAGUUGGCUUUAGGUUUGAGAGGCUUCUGUGUCAUUGGAAGGGUCAGAAACAUGUUGCAUCUCUUCCAUUUUAGCUUCCUUACAAUGUCCUUGGCAAGAGGCCUCUCGAAAUCAUUGUAAGAAACUGAAAUCAUUACAUCAGACCAGUUUCCCAUUGCAUAUUUUGUUGAAGAAGAGCCCUGCCAGAGCAGGAAUUGGUUGUAAGUCCUGAUUUAAGCAUCAAUAAGCGUAGAUUCAAGGUGAAGACAAACUCUGAGAAAGUUACUUUUAGACUACAGUUCCCAGAAUCCUCCAUCUGGCCUAACUUUUAGGAUUCAGGGAGCUAUAGUUUGGGAAAAUUACAGUUUUGGGCUAAAGCUCUAAGAAUCUCCCAGCCAAUAUAGCCACUGCCAGUGGUCCAUGUUGACUAGGAAUGCUGAUGACUCCGGUCCAAAAUAGUGAGUUUCCAGGCUGCAAAGGAGUGUGACCUGCAUCUUGCUAGUGAGUCUUUGAAAGCACACAGCUUCCUGUUAUUUGUGGACCAAUUUCUUUUUUAAUGUAUGUAUUGAAUGAUAUAAUGAUCUAAAUGCAGUUAUAGCUACAGUAGGUCUAUUGACUUAAUGGAAAGUUAGUAAGUCAACAUUUCUGUAAAUUUUAUUGAUUCCUUGGAUCUACUGUAAAUGUAACAUCUGGAUUUAGGGAAAUGUGUUCAUGUCAUUCCAAGCAGCCACAGUGGCAUAUGUGACAAAUGUGUAAUAAAAAUGAACUUGAAUUUUAAUGAUAAUGAUUUAUGUGAUGUUUAUGUUUAUUUAUAUUUAUGUAAACAGCACUCCAUGCAGUCAUGCUGGCCACAUGACCUUGGAGGUGUCUAUGGACAACGCCGGCUCUUUGGCUUAGAAAUGGAGAUGAGCGCCAACCCACAGAGUCGGACACGACUGGACUUAAUGUCAGGGGAAAACCUUUACCUUUACCUAAUUUGUUGUUUUAUGCAGUGUGUCGAUUUAUUGUUUAUAUGUCGGGUUGGUGGGAUGAUGGUUUUCUGU